GGUUUUAUGCAUCAGGGGGAGGAGACUUUCUUUAGUUAUAAAUAGUUCAUGGGUCCUGAUGAAAUAAUCAGACAUGUUUCUGAGACUAGUGUGUAUGAGUGUGUGCAAUUUGGUCAAAAUACAUAUUAGGAUCUAGUGCAUUUAAAUGCAGUUUCAUAAGGGGACUUUUGGACCUUGGCAGAGGUUUAUGCUGUGACAUUGUAGUUCGCUAUUUAUUUAAAACUUUCUUUGUGGCCUCUUAGCAUGAGAAUAUACUGUUGCUAAGACACAUUUAAUCUCUUUCACAUUUUCAUUUCCUCCUAAACUUCUUCCGUUUGCUGAGGAGAAUAUUUCCUCCUAAAUCAUAGCUCCCACAGACUGAGCCUGAGCUCAACUUUCCUGGCCGGUCUGGCUGAGCAGCACAAACACUACAUUCUUGGCUCUGAUUGGCUGCAGCUCAAGCAAUGGAGAAUUUGCAUAUAGCAGACUUUAGCACAGACACAGACACACAAGCCUCUGCACCUACAUGAGUGGGAAGAAGCCAGCAGAGAACAGGCCAGACUGUAAAAGUCCCACAGACUUGUUGCUGACGUCACCUGGUUAAGAUGAAGAAAUCUGAAAAAGUAUCAGAAAUGAAAGUCUUCUCAGCUGCAGAUGACUCUAAGAGUUCCGUGUGCCUCUUGGGCCCUGAAGUCACUGUGAACCAGAUUUUUUAUGUUAAACCACAUCAUGAAAAAGUCCCCGCGAGCUGUUGCUUGGACGCACCUUCUUUCUGCCACAGCCAGUGCAGAGGUGGACCAGUGAGCCAUGAGUCAGGGAUCUGGCCUCCUCGUGUGGGGCAGCAUGUCGAGCUGAUGGACCACCGGCAGCUACGAGACACUGGAGCAAGUUUUUCCAGGACGGACUUCCAUCAUCCCCCUCCCGGAAGCUGUGGCCCACGACCUGCAGACCCCAGACAGAGUCACAGCUGCUGGGACUGUGGACCAAACCGGUGUGGAGCAGCAGAGCCUGCAAACAGGGACACGGCUGGAGGGGAGUAUGAAGACAAUUCUCAGCUUCAGAGCGAUGAAGAAGAGCUUGAGCCUCCGCUGCCGCUGAGAUCUGAUGACGAGUGGCAACACUACAGCCCCUUUCUACCUCCUCACCACUGUACGCACAACUAUGGCCUUCCUCACACAACGGAUGUCCGGUGUUAUCCCUCUGCAGCAGAAGGGCAGUACGACCUCAGAUUCCCACCUCAGCCUCGCCCCCUCUCUGCCUCCGGCCAGCACAGCAGACCCUGUGAUGACCCCCCCACGUGGUUCCAACGUCAUGAUAACUGUAUGAGCGACGGUGUGACACAGGCAGGCGUCUCGGUUAACGUGCCGCAGUUCUCCGUCCCCCCCAUCAUGGGGGUGUCACAGGUCAGCGUGAUGAACCUGAGCCCUGCAGGAGCCGAGGCGCCUGUGUCACAUCCACUGGAGAGAAGAAGAACCGUCAGUCUACCCGACGAGUGCCGAAACAUUUUUAUCACGUAUUCUUCGGACGUGUGCUCAGAGAUGGUUCCUUUCGUGGACUUCCUCACAAAGCAAGGUUUUCGUCCGGCUAUCGACCUAUUUGACGACCCUAUAAGAAGCCUGGACAUCAACAAGUGGAAGGACAGGUACUUAAAAGACCCGUCGUACCUGAUUAUCAUCGCCAUCAGUCCAAAGUAUAAAGCGGACAUCGAAGGAUUGGUAGUGGACAGUCUCGGCCUUCACACUAAAUAUAUCCACUCCAUGAUGCAGAAUGAAUUCAUCCAACAAGGCAGCUUGAACUUUAGAUUCAUACCAGUUCUCUUCCUCAGUGCCUCCCAGAAGCACGUCCCCAGUUGGCUUCAGAACACACGUGUUUACCGCUGGCCGCACGACACUGAGGAUUUGCUGCUGCGACUGCUGAGGGAGGAGAGGUACGUUCCUCCCCCUGUUCCGAUGGAACUCACCCUCAUCAUCAGGCCUGUGGCCCUGAGUGCUGCAGCCACACUGUGAAACACUAACUAGCGUUUAUGUGUUAUACGUUUCUGUUUCAGUGUAUUUAUGAAUAUGUUUUACAAUCCUCAAAAUCGAUCCUGAACAAAUCAAUGACAGUUCAUGGUUUUCAUGCUUUAUUGCGUCCAAUGUAUAGUUGUUGUAAAUGUUUCAAUAAAGUUUCUUUGUGUGUGUUAAUAUUUACUAUAUCAAUAUUUACUAUAUGUUAUGGUGUGGUUUUACCUCUGGGGAUGACAUUGUCAGCACCUGAACCUUUGAGCAGGCAUUUUUAACUGACAUGUCUCAGCAACCGUUGGAAGUAAUUUGGCGUAAAAUUAGGUUCAAACAUUUAUGUUUCUGUCAGGAUGAGUUACAACAACAUUGAGUGAUCCCAACACAUUUAAAAUAUCGCAAAAAUAUAAUUUGCACUUUGAACUUUACACUUUGAUGUGACAUUCAUCAAUGUGAUAAGAAAUAUAGGAAAAUGACAAGAACCAUCUUAGAGGAAAAAACUCAUUUGUCGUGUACUUUUAAGUCUGGUCUGUGCCCCAUCCUUUAACAUGGAGGAGGCUGGAUUCAUGCCCUGUACUGCAGCUAGCCACCUUUUGACUUCACUUUUGGGGGCAGUCAUGUCGUCCGUCUUUAUAUACAGUCUAUGUCACAGCCUCAGAAAAGGAGCUGUAGCAUGAUUAAAAAAGAAACACAAGAUG